CCUCUUUUCUUCCUCUCCAUACAUCAUGGUAAAUCGUGAAGGUGAUCCUCUUUUAAAGGGUGCUACCGAAAGGGUUUAUAAUACCAAGGCUGUUGAUGAAGAAUAUCUUGCCAGUAGCGAUAGUAGCACGACCACCAUCGACGAGCAUGAUGCUGAAUAUCUUAUCAAGCACAGAUUGGGUCAAGUGUCUUUAACCAUGGUUACCUUAUGUCUUUGUACAAGUGGGUUUUUGGCUGCUGUAGAUACGUCUAUUGUUGCCACUAUUUUCAAUGAAAUAGGUACAGAGUUUCAAAGUUCCAAUCUUUCAGUAUGGAUUAUGACAUCGUACAUGUUGAGUACUUCGGCUCUUCAACCUUUAUACGGUAAACUUUCAGACAUUUUCGGUCGUAAAUCAACACUUGUUGCUAUUCUUUGUUUUUUUCUCGUCGGAUCAUGGCUCUGCGGGCUUGCCGGAUCAAUGGUACAAUUGAGUAUUGCACGUGCCAUUGCCGGUUUGGGUGGUGGUGGACUGAUGACCAUGGCGUCUGUUGUAAUUCACGAUUUAAUUCCCAUGAGAGAUCGAGGAAGAUACCAAUCAUAUGUCAAUAUGGCACAAACAGUUGGUACAACCAUUGGUGCGCCUUUGGGCGGAUUUAUCAAUGACUACAUUGGAUGGCGUUAUUGCUUUUAUAUCAAUGUUCCACCUUGUUUAUUUAUCCUUUAUAUUUAUAUCAAUAAGCUGGAAAAUUACAAUUUGGCCAAGGGAUCCAAUGCUACGGACAACCUUCAUGAGAAGCUCGAACGCAUUGACUUUGUGGGUGCAGGCUUUUUGCUGAUAGCAAACGCUUCAUUUGUUACCGGUGUUUCUUUAGGUGGCAAUACCCACGCAUGGGAUGACCCUCUCAUCAUCACACUCUUAACCACAGCCAUUACGUUCUUUUCAAUUUUCGGAGUCUUUGAAUUUAAUUGGGCUAAACACCCCUUGGUAUCUCGUACACUGAUCAAAAACCGCAAUGUGGUUGCAGUUUGUCUGUGUAAUUUGUUCUUAUGCUCUUCAACCAUGACCUUUACCUACUUGAUCCCGCAAUACUUUAUGGGUGUUUUAGGAUACAAUGCUUCAUCAGCGGGUAUGUGGGUUCUGCCUCGUACUGCAAUGGUUGCAUUUGGUUGUUGGACCGCGGGUCGAUAUUUGGGCGCCACUGGUAGAUACAAAAAAUUCCUUGUGAGCAUCAUUGCAUUACAAGUGACGGCUGCUUUUGGAACGUAUACCUGGGCGCUUGAGACACCCAUUCCAUUUCGACUUUUAUGUAUGGUGGCUGAAGGUUUCUGCUUCGGCGUUGUCCUGGUAGCUACCAUGGUUGCGCUUGUCGCUGACGUACCACACUCUGAAACUGCUUCCGCUACCUCCAUGAUCUUCCUGUGUCGCUCCUUCGGCUGGUUAUCCGGUAGCUCAGUGACUGCAGCUAUCUUACAAUCCAGCUUCAAAUCAAAUUUAAAUCGAACCAUCACCGGACCGGAGGCAGCAGAUAUUAUUGAGUUUGUGCGUACAUCCAUCACUAAAAUUCGUACAUUAGCUCCAGAAAUGCAAGUGGUGAUUAUAUCCUCUUUGGCACAAGCUAUCCAUUCUGCUUUUGCGUAUGGUGUUGCAUGCUCUGUCUUGUGCUUUUUAGCAGCACUAUUUAUGCGCGACUGCCAUUUAGGCACACAUCCAACAAAAUAGGCUCAUCUCCCCCUUUUUUCACACACUUUUAAUUCCAACAUUUAGAUCAUUUUAUUAUAUCAUUAAAGUUAUUUUUUUCCCAUCA